AUGGAAAUCGAAUGGUUUCGAGGACAAGUCGUCUUCCUCACCGGGGCAACUGGGAGUCUUGGUGGCUGUCUGUUAUACAAGCUAGCCAUUCAACUUCCAACCGCCAAAAUAUUCGUGCUGGUGCGGGGGUCUGUUCAAAAGGCAAUCGAAGCCUGGGAGCAGUCCAUGCCAGACCAAGUGGAAGAGAUUAUCGCCACUUGCAAGAUUCAAUUCUUCCUCGGUGACAUGACCCAGCCUAACCUUGGUCUCUCACCUGUUAACGUAUCACGCCUACAAAAUGAGGCUACGGUCGUGAUCAAUGCCGCUGGUGACAUUGGGUUAUCUCGUGACCUCGCAGAUACUAUAAAAGUCAAUUGCACUGCCCAUCUGACACUCGCUGCUCUGCUAGACAGCUUCACUCGACUACAGCGCUUCCUUCACGUAUCAACUACAUAUGUCUCCAGUUUUCUCCCUGACGGCGUAAUCAAGGAGCAAAUCUACCCUCUAUACAAAGACCCGGAAGAGGAAUUAGAAACUAUUCUCGUCACAGGAAAAUCAUCCUAUACAAAGGAAUUCGCGGCUCCCUAUGCAUUGGCCAAACAUCUAGCUGAACGUUUGCUUCUGAGCGACGACCACAAAUUCCCAAUCCUCAUCGUGCGACCGUGUCUCAUAUCACCCGCAAUUGAGGAGCCAUACCCGCUCUACGGAAGCGAUGGUGCAGUACCCAUACAUUCCUUUAUCCAUAUACUCCUAGGAGACUCGGAAUACGGGCCUCUAAAGCUCGAGCAAACACUACGUCCAGACGCAGCCUGCAAUGAAAUCCCAGUUGAUCUCGUGGCUCGUACUUGUCUGGCUCAUGUCGCCCAAGGAACAACGGGUGUGGUCCACGCCAGCGCUGAUUUGUACGUCUCUAGGUCGUUUGGGGAGUUGUUUGAGCGGAUGCACCGCUAUGCGCCAGAGGGAGCGGUUGAGCAAGUACGGAAGGCAGGUAUUGACCACGGAGAAGUCACAGCUCCCGAGUUUUACACUAUGCUCCAGCAAUUUGCACGGGACUGGAAAAUUGACUGUUCGAGAUCUGCUCAUCUAAAGCAGGUAGCGGGUCCUUUGGGGCUUGAACUUGGCAAUCAUGACCCAGAGCCUUUCUUUAAACUUCGUGUCGAGCGGCUGGCGAAGUCUGUUCUAGACAAGCUGGAAAUGGUUAGCAUGGCAAGCAACAAGGUCCGUCCGAAUAUCUCUUGA